AUGCAGGAAAGAGCGGUGACGAUUCGAAGACAAACUGUAGGAGGAUUUGGAUUAAGCAUCAAGGGGGGAGCAGAACAUAACAUUCCAGUCGUCAUUUCAAAAAUCUCCAAGGAACAAAGAGCAGAACUUUCUGGACUGCUCUUCAUCGGGGAUGCAAUUCUCCAGAUAAAUGGAAUUAAUGUGAGAAAAUGCAGACAUGAAGAAGUGGACACAUUAUCAUGCUCCUCAUGGCCAACCUCUCCAGGCUUGAGAUGGGAAAAGCGAUGGUGCGACCUCAGACUGAUCCCUCUACUUCAUUCCCGCUUCUCUCAGUACGUGCCUGGGACGGAUUUGAGUCGGCAGAAUGCUUUUCAAGUCAUUGCUGUGGACGGGGUCUGCAGUGGGAUUAUUCAGUGCCUCUCUGCUGAAGACUGUAUUGACUGGCUACAAGCAAUAGCAACUAAUAUUUCAAACCUCACAAAGCACAAUAUUAAAAAAAUCAACAGAAACUUUCCUGUAAACCAGCAGAUAGUCUACAUGGGCUGGUGUGAAGCAAGGGAACAGGACUCCCUUCAAGAUCGCGUGUACUCUCCAACAUUUCUAGCCUUGAGGGGCUCAUGUCUUUACAAGUUUCUGGCACCUCCAGUGACAACGUGGGACUGGACCCGAGCAGAGAAAGCAUUUUCAGUUUAUGAGAUUAUGUGCAAGAUUCUCAAGGACAGUGACCUGCUGGACCGGCGGAAACACUGCUUCACUGUGCAGUCCGAGUCUGGGGAGGAUCUCUACUUCUCUGUGGAGUUGGACUGUGACCUCGCCCAGUGGGAAAGAGCCUUCCAAACAGCAACCUUUCUAGAAGUGGAACGGAUACAGUGCAAGACAUAUGCGUGUGUGCUGGACAGUCAUCUAAUGGGGCUCACGAUUGACUUCAGCACAGGAUUUAUCUGCUUUGAUGCUGCGACAAAGGCUGUACUUUGGAGGUAUAAAUUUUCUCAGCUGAAAGGUUCUUCAGAUGACGGCAAGAGCAAAAUCAAAUUUUUGUUUCAGAAUCCAGAUACUAAACAGAUUGAAGCAAAGGUAAACCCAAGAAAUUCAUACACGACCCACCUGUAA